AAGGCAAGUUGGAAAGUUUUUUUUUUAAGUUAACUAAAGUUUACGUUUUUCCACUUAUAUUUAUUUUCCUAUAAUUUGUAAAUUUGUAUGUUCCACAACACGUAGCGAAUUUGUUUUCUAAUAUUAUUAAAAAAAAAUCGAAAAUAUACUCUGAUAUAUACUAAAACGCAAAUUUCAAAUCCUCUAACUAACUAUAUCUACUUAUAGUUAUAAAAUAAGUAAUUUCUUUUGUCAACUGUGAUAAAAUAAGUAUUAGAUAUGCUAAAAGAUGGUGAAUGUUUGGUCCAUAAAUCAAGCUAUAGUAAGUAAAUAUCAUAGAAAGUCUAGCUAAACUUAUUUGAUUGUAUUGACCGUUAUGAUGUCAUAAUCAACGAUUUCUGUUCUGUUAUAUACUAAAACGCAAUAGAUUGUGUUAAGCGUUAUGAUGUCAUAAUCAUCAAUAACAAAAAGUCAUGCCAACAGUAGGUUAUAGUAAGUUAGUAACAUAGAAAGAUUAGCUGGAUCUAAUUUAAGUAUUGAGCGUUAUGAUGUCAUAAUCAACAACAACAACAACCAAAAAAUUAUAUAUAAUUGAGACUAUAUGAAAUCUUAUUUUAGAUUGAUUUAUUUUAGUCCAGUACUAGAAUUUGUAAUCUUUUUUUUUUUUUUUUUCUGAAUUUUUAAUCUUGAAUACUCUAAAUUUUUGGAUGAUCAAUUGCCUCAAGACAAAAAGUACUUUAAUUUUUCACAAAAGAACAACUCAUUUCAUUUUAUUUUUUCUGUUUAUAAACAACUCGUUUUGGCUGACAUCUUCCCAUAUAUAUAUAUAAAAAACAACUCGUUUCGUGAUAUCACUGAUCUUUUUCAAUUCCUAAACUACAGUACGUACUCGACCUAAUCCCUAGUAGUACAACUAAAACAGCUGCAAACGAACACUUACUAUUGAGCAAGAGAGUAUUCCAAGAUUAUUAUUCUUGUUUUAUAUUUUUAAUUGUUCCUUGAUGUUAGAAGUAUGUAAGAUUGACUGAGAUUUGGUAGAGAUACUAAUUUGAAAUUUCAGAUGCUAAUUAUAUGGUCGGUCGUAGUAAAAUUAAUUUGUUUUGUUAAGCUUAUUACUUAUAUAUAUGUAUGAACUGUAGGAAACGUAGUCUAAUAGUUUGUGAUAUAGACUGUUAGUGGCUUAAUGCUGCCGUUAUAUCAACUAUCCGAAUUCAAUCUCGUAAUGCAUGUUUUGAACUGAAAUAAAUUAUUAAAUAAAUUUUAUAAACAUUUUUCUUUUAAAAUAUUUUAAUAGUAUAAGUCAUAACUGAUACGUUAGAACAUAAUGCUAAUAUAUAUGUCCAACUUUACAACGUAUAUAUUUUUGGAAUUUUUGAUUUGUCCUAAAUUGUUGUUUCUUAUAUCUUGAUCCCCAAUCUUUGUUUGUAACAUGCAAAAUGAUAUUAAAACAUUGUAUUAUAAGGUGAAGUAGAGAACAAAUUAAAGUUUCACACAACUGCUCUCUACAGAAUUGAAUUAUUCAUAAACCGACAAGAGCAUUUCAACUGCUCAAUUUAUUUUCCUAUCAGAAGAAGUGGCGUUUCGUCAGAUUACCACACCAAUUUAUUUCUUAAAGUCGGUUAAAACGUUGGCAUCUUCCAAAAACUGAUAUAUGUGGAUUUUACUAAAAGAUAUUACCCAUGAUUUUAAACAAACAAAAAAAAUCUCGAGAGGAAAUUAUUUUGAUAUUUAUCAUUGAAAAAUAAGGAGGCUAUAGAAGAUAUGGAUAAAUGAAUCUUUGAGUUCUAAACUGGUUUAGAAAUAUUUUGAAAAAAGGUUUAUACCUUUAAUUUAUAAGGUCGGCAAAUCUGUUAUGAAUAUGUGGAUUUCUGGUCGUGUCGGCCGGUCCUGCCUAAUUCUUCAUAGUAUUUUUUUUUGUUUGUAUAUUUUACUAUAUUAUAUACCAUUUUUCAAUUUGUUUUAAAAAUUUUGUGGAUAAGUUCGUUAUUUUUCUAGCGACUAAGUAAAAGGCCAUCCUCCAUUACCUGACGUCGAGUCGACGGGGAUAAUCACGGAACGUGUGUUUCCACACACGUAUAGGAUAUAUUCAAGUUUGCCCAAAGAAAUUACUUGAGACUUUAAUUAGCAAGUUGGAUCUUAUAAGUUACUGAAAAGUGAAAACAGAUAUAUCUUAUGUUAUUUUAUAAGUUGUCAUUUGAAACAUGUCAACUAGAAGAUAACGUGCAAGACAUUCGUGCAUGUCUAAUGUACUCCGUUUUGGAAUGCUUUCACAGGGAAUUUUGAAUAAAUUUUUUUACUAUUCUCGAAGUCUUCAUUUUCUUGGAAGAAAUGGAGGCCUGCAAUGCCACUGCAAAUUGGUUGUAUCUAAAUACCAUUUGACAUUUCUCUAUAUGGAAUGGAUGUUUAAUGUUUUCAACAUCUUUGAUUUUCUAUAAACAGCAUGAAAUUUUCUCCAUCCUCUCCAUCUUCAAAAUUAACUCGUUCUGACCUUUCUUGGGUAACACUCAACAGAGCUAACAAGAGAAGAGAAAACAGAGCUAACAAGAGAAGAGAAGAGAAGAGAAGAGAGAGAGAGUAAUGGCGAUAAAGAACCUUCUUGCUCUUGUGGUUCUUCUAAAUGUCCUUGGAGUAUCAGUUGCUCAAAAGGGUCUUGACCUUAACUAUUACAAACACAGGUGUCCUGACGUUGAAGCUAUUGUCCUCCGUGUCACAGUUCAAUAUGUUUCUCGCCAGCCGAGUCUUGCUGCCGCGCUUCUAAGGUUGCAUUUUCAUGAUUGUUUCGUCAGAGGAUGUGAUGGUUCCGUUCUUCUAAGAUCUCGAGACAAUGAUGCGGAAAUAAACGCUCUCCCCAGCCUGUCCCUUAGAGGCUUUGAAGUGGUCGAUGCCGCCAAGUCAGCGGUCGAGAAGAAAUGUCCCGGAGUGGUUUCUUGCGCUGAUAUUCUCGCCUUAGUGGCGAGAGACGCCGUCUCAGUGAUCAACGGACCAAGUUGGCCAGUUCCAUUGGGUCGGAGGGAUGGUCGCAUCUCAAGACGUUCCGAGGUUAACUUACCUUCGCCUUUCGCUGGAAUAGCUGCCCUGAAACAGGGCUUCUUCGCCAAGGGUCUUAACACUACAGACCUCGUCGUUCUCUCAGGAGGUCACACCAUUGGAAUCUCUAAUUGCGGUCUCAUCAACAAGCGUAUCUACAACUUUACGGGCAAAGGCGAUUUUGACCCGUCCAUGAAUCCGAGCUACGUCAGGAAAUUGAAGAAAAGGUGCAAGCCUAAUGAUUUUAAGACCCCAGUGGAGAUGGACCCAGGCAGUGUCAAGAAGUUCAACUCUCACUACUUCGACAAUGUGGCUCAAAAGAAGGGUUUGUUCACAUCUGACUCAACACUUCUCGAUGAUCCUGAGACCAAAAGCUAUAUCGAUAGACAGGUUGCUACCGCUGGCUCUUCAUUCCCCAAAGAUUUCUCCGAUUCGAUGGUCAAACUUGGUUUCGUCCAAAUUCUUACCGGGGAAAAGGGUGAGAUCAGGAAGAGAUGCGCCUUCGUUAAACCCAAAACUAAAGAGACACUCACAUUUCUUUGAAAAAUAUAUUAAAUAAUUGUUUUACCUUGAUUAUGAUUUCAGUUCGAUUGCAAAAUAUAUUGUGCUUGUGUUUGUUUUUUUUCUUUG